AUGUUUAGAGAAUUUAUUAGAAAUACUAUUGCUAAUGAUACUUGCUGUAAUCUAGAAUUCUGCACUUCAACCCAAUCUUGCUGUGGUACUCACAUUGGAUUUAAUGGUGCUUGUUGUAAUCAGGAUGAAGUCUGUUGUGAAGUAGGUGGUAUUUGUUGCAAUAAGGGUCAAAAAUGUUGUGAUAGUGGAUGUUGUUAA